UGAUGGAGGGUGCCAAUACAGAUGAUGAAGGUUUUACAGAUGGAGACAGUCCUGAGGAUGUUCCCAUGGAAAAUGUUCCUGAUACUGCAGAGGAUGAUGUAUUGAAUGACAAAAGUGCUUCAGUAUACUAUACAGUACAGAACUAUACCGAAGGAACAAAUUAUAGCAAACAGGAAGUUGAACAAAUGAUGAAAAUUGACUCGUACCAGAGAAAGAUAGACACUUGUCAUUUAUGUGGUGAAUGUUGGUAUGACAGUAAAUGUUCUGCAGGGUGUAGGGAAUGUGAAGGAUUUCCUAUGACUAGACCUUGCCCUGUAUGUAAUGGCCAGUGCAAUGAAAUUUGGACCAGAAAUGUUAAAUUAUCUCAUUCAUAUCACGAAGCUCACUGGGAGGGAACAUGUAAACUUCCCCCUGAGAUGCAGCAGGCAUUUAUGAUACGUAAAUUUAUGGACUCAUCAGAAGAGACUUUAACCGAAAGCAUGCAAGAUUUGUCUACUACAUGAUUAUUAUAUUAAAAUUUUGUUGUCCAAGGGCUUUCUAUUCAUCAAUCGCUGAGAUAAUCAGUUUAUCAACCUUCAUUGCCGCAGAAAACAUAAUGGGAAUUUCAUCACUCAGAAUAUCAUUUACCAGCAUAUAUCAUGUAUAUUGCAGUGCUUGAUUGUUUGCUUAGAAAAUGGACUAUUAAUUGUCAUAGCUGAUGCAAAUGUAUUUAAAUAUAAUGUUCAUUGCUAACAUAUACCGUUUAUUUACAUACAUAUACAUUGCUGGGUAUAAGUUUUUCAAUCUUAAGAUUUGCAGUUAUCUACAUUCAUCAUGUUCAUGGCUGAGAUUAACAUUUUGCUUAGCAUAUUUAUUGCAAAAUAGUUGUUGCGAUUAUUAUUUUUUGAUCAUACACACAAUACAAAUCUAAAAUUUUAAGGAUUAGAUGCUAGAGGAUCAUUGUUUACCAUUAAAAAAAAAUUAGCUGGGGCAUUCACUGCUACUAGGGGUUGUUUAACGACCUUCACUACCCAUGAGGGUCUCGCACGGUCGGAAUUCACUUCUGAAAACAUCAUUUGUUAACACUAUUGUAUUAGAAAAUGUAAGUUUACAUGCAUUACUGAGGUAAUUGAUCUGGAUAAAGCUUUUAUAUGAAUUAAUAUAAUGUACACAAUCCUUAAAAUAGUAUGCCCUCUUUGAAAAAACAAAUCAUGUUAGUUUUUACAAAUCACUGAAAAAUACCAUUGAAGGAUAAUUUGGAACGCCAGGGUUCUAGUAAAUACGUUUGAUCCAUAUCAUGAUAUCAUUUCCAUUACCAGAAAUACUCUUUUUACUAUAUGCUGAUUUCUCACGUCGUUUAAAUGUUUUAUGGGCUAACUGGAUCCCUACAUCUUUGAACUGUUAAAGUAAUUGUGACUGCUUGACAUUUUUCAAACACCCGUCUUUAUUCUUAUGUACAUAAUCCAACCUUGCCUUAAGAAAUAUAUCAAUUUUAUCAUUUAAAAACAGUUAUCGAAGCAGUCAUGAGGCAGUUAUACCCAUUAGAAUAUUCAUCCCUUAGCUCAACUUACUGACGUAGAUUUUAUGACCAACAUACGCACAAAUGACGUCAAAUAACGUCAACUAAAACCAAACACUUUGACGGAAAGAUAGUGAUAGUGAUUGGAAUCGAGCGUAUUGCAUAUAACUUUUUUACAAGGUUAAAACUACCAUUGACAUUUCCUCAUCAGAUAAAUGAUCAACAUAACUAUGUAGCCUCAACAUGGUCAAAUUUGACCUGUAACCUUGGGGGUUUUGGCCAAUGACCUUGGGUAACAUGUAUAUUUCUUUAAUCCUUUAAUCAUCAUUAGAUAUAGUGUUAUUGUAUCUGUUUAAAAUUAAGCAUAGCCACAUGAAAAACAUUACUAGAUAAUAUGACAUCAAAUAGUGAAGAGUUACUGAAAGCUAAUUCAAAAUGCUUUACCUGCAGGAAUUGAAAUCAUACCAACUUGUAUUUUCCUAGCUUUUUGCUCAUUGGGGUCAGGUUUUUUUUUUUGUAUCAGUUUGUGUUCAGAAGUAUUAUUUUUCACAGAUCUCUUGAACUGUAAUAUUGUAUUAGAUAUAUAUACUAUCAUGUAUAUAGAUUUUUAUGGAUGCAAAAAUAGGAAAAGUUAAUGCUGUGACGUGUUUGAAUUUAUUGAUAGUCAUGUGUAGUAUUAAUGUUUUUUGAUGUUUUGUUUGUGGAUUCUAACAGUGCAUUUAAAAAUACCUUUGAAUUGUUUAAUAAAUUUUUUGAUGAAAGUUCAAUUUGAAAAGAUUUUACCUUCGGUCACUCAUAUUCAUUCUCAUUAUGAAAUAAAGUGAGUUUAAAACUGUCAUAAUUAUAUUUGACAGUUGUCCUGUCAAGUUAUUUAAGGUCAAACUCAAUAGAAUACAUCUCAAUAGAUUUUUCAAUCAUAUCACUUCAUUGAAUGGGGAAUAUAACCACACACUAAUUUUUAGUCAGAUAAUGGACAUACAGUGGUAUUUUUAAAUGUUGGGUAAAUUCACAGUUUGAGAAAAGACGCUAUUAAAAUGAAUGUAAAAGUGAUCAUGUUUCAUAUAGAAGUGAAGCUCAUGGUGUUAACCAUGACAAAACCAAUGUAUAUUCUCAUACAUCUGAAAUAUUCCUGUAAUUUUUUUAAUUUGAAUAUGAGAUUAAAUGAUGAAUUAAAUUUUUUUUGUAAAUUAAUGCAUAAUAAUAGUUAUCUAUGACAUCGAUAUAUGUUACUAUUUUUUUAUUUUUUUUUAUUAAAGUAAAUUUAUAGGUAAAACAAUGAUAUAUGAUCAUGACAUUUUAACUGUGCUAUGAUAUUUUUUAUCUCAACUAUUUAUGUGUAUUAUAUGAAUGAUCAUACUUUAAUUUCUGAUAUUUUUGCAAGAUAUUCAAUUUGCCUUUUAGUAUCUAAAGAACUAUGGGUAAUCUCAUUGUUCGUACACCAAAAUGAAAAUAACAUUACGUCAUUGGUUGAAUUUCCAUUGUUUAGUACGUUUUAAACCAAUCACAACUUGUUGGUGUACGCUUUUGAAAAUAUUACCCAGAAUGCAUUAGAUUCUGAAACGGCGAAUUUGCAAAUUAGACAUUCAAGGUGAAAUUCCCGGUACAUUUCUUGAAGUAAUUUUUAUUAGAAGACAGAAAGGGAUAAGAAAAAGGUGAGAAAAAAAAUUCUUGACAAGGUAUGGCCCUUGAAAUAGCAAAAUUUAAACACCCUACAAAUAAACAACUUUAAAGUAUUCAGAUUUAAACAUAUGAUUUAACUAUUUAAAGUAUAAGUCAUAUUUCUAAGACCACAUGUUAGUCUACAAAGAACUGUAUAAAUCCUUGUUAGUCCAUUUCAUAUUUCAAUUUCAUACCACUUGGAUAUCUACGAAAUCAAUUUUAAAUCUUUUUACCAAGCAGAUGCUUAUGCUGAUAAAAAUAUGUAAUAUAUAUUUGGCUCAAAAUUGUAGCUUAUUCUCAAAACUGUAGCUUAUUUUAGCAUACAAAGUGUACUUAGUAUGUAUUUAUCGACAUUCUUUUCAAUAUCUAUUUGAUCCUGUUGUGACAUAUGCUAGACUGAGUUGUAAUGUCUGGUGUAAAAAAUCCGCCACAUAAUAAAUAUGAUUUGGAAAGAAACAUUGAGAGACAAAAAAAAAGUUUGCCAAAAUUUUUCAUGUAAACUUAUCACUAUUAGAUAUUUUAGACAUGUAUACAAGGGAGAUAAUUAAUAACACACUAAUAAAUGAAUUUAUGUCUUAUACAGCCAUUUCAACAUCAUCUCCAAUGUCCGAACAUAAAAUUGUUAAGCCAUGUUAUCAAUUAAAAGAAGGUCACUUGCUAAGUUUUCAAGAUUGCCCCUAUUUCUACCAAAUAUCAAAUUAUGAUUAAAUGGCCAUUAUCCAAAUGUUCUUUCUUAAGGUAGAAAAUGUGGCACUUAAAUAGGUUAUGCUUUUGCGCUAAAUUGUCUGAUUUUUUCCCUACUAAAAUGUCCUGCCAAUUCACUUAAAUGACCACCACAGAUCAGAAUGUGACGGACUAAUGUUGAUAUUUUGUUUGUAAAUGAAUGUAUUGUGUUCUGAGUCCUGAGUCCAUUGUUUUGGAAUAAUUGUUUUGAUAUUUCUGUGUAUAUAUAUCUGUUUAUCUAUAACUAUAUAAGGUGAUACUCUUUACAAUAUGUUUUGAAAUUGGUAAAGUACUGAAAUUAAGUCAAUUAAUAAAAUUUUAAAAGAAAUUAAUUCUUCAAGGCAACUUGAGAAGAGAAUUUAAGAAAUAAUCUGUCUUUCCACUAAAUUUUAUAAGAACAACUUGAAAAAGAAUAUUGAUUUAAAUUGGCUAUUUCAGAUAAAUGUUAUGUCACAUGUAGAAAAUAUUGUUUCAAACCUAUUAAAUUGUGUUUUUCAAUGUGUCAAAAUCUUAGUUAGUUUUUAACUGCAGUAGCUAAAAAUCUUUGAUGGAUUAUUUCAUACAUGUAUUUGUUUGAUGUGGAUUUACAUAGUUAGUGUCAAACAACAUGAACAAUUAUACACAUGCAUGUAAGAUUUAGUUAAAAUUUUGCUUUAAAGGUGAAAAACAUUAAGUUUUGAUUAAGGAAAGACAACUCUUCAAUACUUAUGAUCUCAUUGUACCAGGGUCCAAAGUAAGAUUUUCAUGUCUCAUACUAUCAUGACUAUUGUGUGAUUUUGAAAUUAGAAAAUGGAAAAGUUUAAUAAAAUGAUAAAAAGAUAAAAAGAAAAGAAACGUUUA